CCUAGACCGUGGCGCCCCUUCACCUUCUCCAGAGACGCGACAGUCCCCUCGGUUUCUGGCGAGGCGAAUACUGGGGCAUGAAUAAUAACGCAGCCUACACGCCACUCGAGUCACUACUGCUUUUUCAGUCCCUCCUCUGCCACGGCAUUGAAGCCGGUGCUUUUCAGCGCAUCUCCAACGUCCUAAAGGAUAACUCGUUAAUCAAAGAAGGAGCUACGUACGAUGCUGGCCGACUAAGUCCCGAGUCCCUCCAGGAACUCUUCCUGCACUUGUUGCGGGAGGAGCUGAAGAGCGAAACCGACAACAGCGACAGGGCCGACCCAGGCCUAUCCCCCAACUCGAAGAAGCGCAAGCUUCAAUCCCCGCCAUUGCCCAGUCUCAAGGAGGCCAACGACCAUAUCGAGAAGGUUCCUAUCCUUGUCAACAAGCUCUAUGCGAGAUACCGGGACUACGUUGUGCGGGAAAUUCGGGAGGAUGAGAAGCGGUUCGACAGUCUUCAGGGCGAGAUCCGCGAUAUCGAGAGGAGUGCCCGGGACAGCAAGAAAGUGAAUGCGCCUCAUCCUGCAGACGGAAAUGGCACGCCGGUGCGCCAAGUACCCGAAACACCCGCGCUUUCAGGGGUCCAAGAUCUCGGACUACCCAACGGCGGUUCCCAGCCGCAUCCCUCUGUCCAGAAACCGGAGCCUCGGAAUGAACCCCCGCGACCUCAGCAGGCUGUGCCAGUGAAGCCCAGUGAAGCACCCAGUACGAUAGCCGGGGAAGUGCCUAGUGCGCCAGCAUCCCAGUUGGCCCCUCCCCAGCCGGCAGGUGCUCUUCUGGGCCGGCAAGCCCACGUCGGUUCCGGCCUUGGCGGGCGGUCUCAAGAGCCCGUCAAGCCAGCCAAUGGCACCACCCAAGUCCUUCAGCCUCCUCAGGGGGUUGUCCCCUACACGCCGGACGUGCCUCUCCCAGCGCAGCCCCCCACAGAAGGGCUUCAACGUCCAGAGGGCAUUGCGCGCCCGAAAGUGUCGCCGGCUUUGCAGUCUAGCCAACCACAACUUCCUGGGCAACUCAAAUGGGAGCCGCCAUAUCAGCCGAACCCCGUAUCCGUACCCGCACAACACCGACAGCCUCUUACGCCCGGCCCUUAUCCAACCCAGAAACAGACCCAGGGCUCUCUGCUUCCUCAAUGGAACGCUCCGGUCCCACCGCCCAUUCCCUCCCCACGGCCACCGGCACCUCAACCUGGCCCGCACCAGGGGCAACCUGUGUCUCAAACCAGCCUGCCACCGGCUCAAAUUGCAGGACACCACCCUCCUCCGCUGCAGCCUGCACCUAUGAAAGCGCCAUCCGAGUCGGGGGCCAUCGCACCCCCAACCAUGCCUCCGUCGUCGGUGCCAGUACCGACACAAGGACAUCCAGCCCAACCUCCGCAUCCCAGCCAACCUCACUAUCCUGGCUAUCCACAUCCUUCUCCGAAGCGACCGUUGGCAGCCGCUUCUCCGACAACCCCAAUUGUUGCUCCAACUCCCGGACCUACUCCGUCGCAGCAGCGGCCGCAACCCCCCAGCUUACCCGCUCCGUUGCCUCAUCACACGCCGGUUUCAUCGCCUUCACCGGCCCCUUCACAAGCUGGCCAGAGAGGAUAUAAUUCGCCAUAUAACCUCCCCCCACGUCCCGCUAUUCCGGAUCACAUCGCCCAGCCACAGCAGAAGGAACAGAGACUCGCGACGGCAACACCAACACCACCCUCCAGGGUCGGCUCGAUUCUGCAACCCCCACAACUGCCGCAGCCGCCACAAACUCCCAACACCACCAUAUUCAACAAUUUCCAUGCCCUUGGAAGUGGAACCAAGUGGAGGGUGUCUUCAACUCCGUCCACUCCACACCCCUCGGCAGGUGAUCUAGCAGCUCCGACAUUCGAGCCUCUCAGUCCUGUAUUAGCCCCCUCCGUGCCGACAAUGCAGCUCCCGGAAUCCCGACCACGGAAGGUAGCCCAGAAGCCGGCGAAGGAGGGUGACAUUUCCAUCCCCAAAACUAGAGGACGACCGCCGCGCGUUCAACGGGGCCAGGAUGUACCAGUUACUCCUGUCUCUACACCCCAUCCGCCUGUGGGACAACCAGCCAAUUCACCAGCAGAGGAAUUGCCCCAGUCUGCCAACGAUCCGGGCUCGGCUAUCAUUAAGAAUGAAGAGACUACGCCCCGGCCUCCAACAGAAGCGGGCGAUACAACUGCCGAUGAGAGUGUGCCAGGGCGCCGCCGUACGUCAAGGCGGGUGAAGCGGAAACGGCGCGAGUCAUCGCCGCCUCUUGCAGAGAAUCGGGAGCCUCCUCCUCCGCCAAGUCACGUGCUGUGGUCGAGAGCGUUCAAUAAGGUGAGCCAUUCUGCGAUGGAGCAGAUCAUUGGCCACCGGUCCGCAAACAUGUUUGCGAAUCAGAUCCGGGAGCGCGAUGCACCGGGCUACAGGACCAUUGUCCUUCGGCCGCAGGAUCUUAAAUCCAUCCGAGCGGCCAUCAGCCACGGGAACAAGGCGGCGGCGGCGGCGGCUGCAGCCCUGCCAGGGGGUGACCCGGGCACUAGCAGUGUCUGGCUCCCGAUCGGCGAGGGGCUUGUGCCGCCGAAAGGCAUCAUCAACAGCGCGCAGCUCGAUCGCGAGCUGGCCCACAUGUUCUCAAACGCCAUCAUGUACAACCCGGAUCCGGACCGUGGUCCAGGUCCGAGGUUCAUGCGCGAGAUGCUGGACGCCGAUGCCGACGGGGCAGAGGGCGGCGCGACGGAUGCUCUCGGCUAUAAGGUAGACGAGAACGGCGUCGUUAACGACACUCGCGCCAUGUUCGUCGAGGUCCAGAAGCUCGUCAACGAUCUCCAGAGCGCCGAGAGACAGCGGGGCGCUCCGCCCGCGCCGGCCACCGGGACCAAUACCCGCCAAGCGAGUGUCACCGGUGGCCAUAGCGAGACUCCGGCGAGAAGGGACGAUAUCGGUGGUUCCGCCGCGGAGGAUGCGGACGAGCAGACGGCUACGGAGCAGGAGAAUGUGGCAAACACGGCCAAGAGAAGGCGCAUCACUAGGGGAUGACCGAUGUGCAUGCCUUGGCUUGGGACGGCACGGCGUUGGGAGAGAAGCCCUUCAGGGUCGGACAUGAGGGGAAACAUUUUUAUUUAGCCAUCUUGGAGGAGAGGAAUCUCCAACAAGGUGGGAACAUUUGUUACUUGUACCUGUAGUAACCACCCAGUGCUACCAGGCCUGCCAUAAGAGCGGGUCGCGGGCAUGAAUAAUAUUGCUGUUUUGGCAGAUGAGGAUCCUCUGCAUAGACUGCAGUUCAAGGGAAUCAGGUGUGGUAUUGUGAGCUUUCGCGGAUGCUCCGUCAACGGUAAUACUCGGUACACUCAACUGAUUCUAGGUUUCAGCGUCAUUCCCACUGCUGCCCAGUUGUCAUCAAUUCCGAAUCCAACACCGAAGAAUUCAUUACUGGACUAGUCUAUUCUCAACGUCAUCUACCUGUCCAACAUCUCCUCGAAGACCUUCAACU